AUGGUUUAUCGAGCACAGCCGCUACUUGCUCAUCCCCUGCCGCAGCAUACGGGCCCCUACGCCGUUGGCGCCAUCGACGUCGAGGCUCCGGUGCUGCCCGCCCGCACCAUUCACCCGGCCCGGUUCAAGGGAACCGACGAGAAGGCGUUUGAGCUGCAGACUGUCCUGUUCACGCUGUACUAUCCCGCGAGCUAUGCCGCCGCGGCAUCCAGUCAUGCAAAGAGGCACACCUGGAUCCCGGAGCCGCUCUCCCUUCGGGCCCGGGGGUACGCCAGAGCCGCACACAUCAGCAACUGGUUUACGGAUAAGGUUUUGACAACGGCCAUCAACGCCAUUGUCGGCGGCAUCACCAUUCCGGCUGCUGUGGAUGUACCCCUGAGCGGCCAUGCCGUGCCGACAUCCCAAGACAAGAGUGCCGACGAGACCAAGCAAGAUGUCAUGGCGGGCGAUGACGGGCCCAGCGAUGGGUACCCCGUCAUCAUCUUCUCCCACGGCACUGUUGCAUCUCGGACCGACUACUCUCACUACGCCGGCGAGCUUGCCGCCCGAGGCCACAUUGUCGUCAUGCUCGAGCACCGCGACGGCUCCGGGCCCAGCACCAUCAUCAGGCAACACGGCGCCGCCAACGUGACCCGCCUCCUCUUCGACGUCUCAUCGGUCGAAACGCCCGACCACAAGCAGUCCCUCACGGUCGAGGAAUUCCACCAAGCCCAGCUCGCCUUCCGCGAAGCCGAAAUCGAAGCCGCAGUCCGCGUCCUCAAAGCCAUCAACGCAGGCGACGGCGCCUCCGUCCGGCGGCACAACCCCUACGGUGAAGGGCGCGACCUGCCCCACUGGGCCGGCCGCCUCAACACGCGCGCCAUGAUCGUGGCCGGCCACAGCUACGGCGCGACGGGCGCCCUGCAGGCGCUGCGCGGCGGGCCCACCGACGCCCGCCCCUUCGCCGCCGCCAUCGUCCUCGACCCGGGCAAGCAGAGCGGCCCGCUCAACCGCGACGUGCGCGUGCCGCUGCUCGUCGUCCACAGCAACUCGUGGAGCAGCAGGACCAGCCUGUUUUACGGCCGCGCCCAUUUCGAUACCGUCAAAGAGAUCGUUGAGCAGAAUAAUGCGCGCGGCAACCCCAGCUGGUUCAUGACCUCAAUCGGCACCUCGCACCCCUCGGUGACGGACGCGCCGCUGCUCGAGCCGUGGCUGUUGAGCUUCACGACGGGCGCGACCAUCAAUGUGUACCAGGGCCUUAGGCAGUAUGUGCAUGUGGCCGAGGACUUUUUGGCGUUUGUGGCCGGCGGGGAGGUGAGGGGGUUGCUGGCGGAGAAGGCCGAGUUUCCGCAGUACGACGAGGGCGCCGUUCUCGGGUUGGGGAAGCCUGGGCAAGGAGGCAGGAAUAAGACCAUCGUGGAGGAUGUGGUGCAGGGAGAGUGGGCGGAUUGGAGGAGGUACUGGCAGAUUCAUGUCUCGCCGGCUGGAACUGCUGGAACGAAACAGGAGUAG